UGUCCACUCCCGGUGUCCACUUGGCCGCCAUGGCGUGGCUGGAGCGUGUCCAAGCGGGCGGCCGUGGCCUGGAGCGCCGGUUGGACUUGGUGCCGGCCGAGGCGCUGCUGGCCGGCCUGCGGGCAGCCGGGGCUGUGACCGAGCCCGAGGUGGCUGCGCUCGGACGGCCGGGCAGCUCGGGCUGGGUGCGGCGGCUGUGCGCUCUGGCCGUGGCCAGAGGGGACCAGACGUGCCGUGCCCUGCUGACCGUCCUGGAGGGGCUGGAGGGGCCACCCCGGCCGGGGCCCUUCGAUUUUUAUGACCCCCAGCGUGACGCGGCGCCCUCACACCACUCGGACUGUCCAUGCUGCCAGCCAGAGCCCCAGGGGGCGUGUGAGGAGGAGGAGGAGGGACAGCCCCGAAAUGGGGAGGAAGGCCCCAAGGAAGAGGAGGCAGAGGCCCAAAACGGGGAGGAAGGUCCCAAGGAUGAUAAAGGUGGAGGAGAUGAAGCCCCCAAGGGUGAAGGUGAUGAAGGCCCUGAGGAAGAUGAAGGCCCCAAGGAUGAUGAAGGUGGAGGGGUUGAAGGCCCAGAGGAUGAUGAAGGUGGAGGGGUUGAAGGCCCAGAGGAUGAUGAAGGUGGAGGGGUUGAAGGCCCCGAGGAUGAUGAAGAUGGGGGUGAUGAAGGCCCCGAGGAAGAUGAAGGUGGGGGUGAUGAAGAUUAGGGGGG